GUCUGCUGAAUUUGAAUGUGAAGGUCGUAUGGACGAAUCGGACUUAUUAAAGGAUGCUAAAUAUAAGAGUUUCGUCGCUUCAGUCGACAAAUCACUGAAAAGUUUCGAAUAUUCUGCAGAAUGGGCUGAUCUGAUAUCUGCACUUGGACGCCUUAUUAAAGUUAUUCAGUCAAACACGAAAUCUGGUUACAUACCUCGAAGUUUUGUUAUUGGUAAACGCCUUGCUCAAUGUCUUCAUCCUGCUCUACCUGCGGGUGUUCACUGCAAAGCUUUGGAAUGCUACGAUGUAAUUUUUCGUACUUUGGGACCUGAACGUAUCGCCAAUGAUCUUCCUAUUUACGGUUCUGGCUUAUUCGCACUUCUUGAACCAUCUGCUAUGACAGUUAAACCGCCACUAUUUAACAUCUAUGAGGAGCAUUUACUUCCUCUUGGGAAAUCACUUCAUCCACCAUUUCUAGGGCUUUUGAAGGGUCUGUUACCGGGUUUGGAACCAGGAGCGGAAUUUUUCGAACGUGGUAAUCGAAUGCUAGAAAUGUUUAGUACCUCUGUGGGACCGGCAUUCUUUUAUACAUGCUUGUGGAAGCUUUUAAUUCAAUCUCCUUCUAUUCGACAAUAUGGCAUUUCAUUUGUUAUUAGCCAUCUAAAUAGGCGUAAACCGUUAGAAGCUCAAAGUUAUAUCUAUGGAUUGGAUAAAAAUAUUCUUGUGGAGAGUUUAUGUUGUCUAUUCGGUGAUAGUGUCCUACUGGUACAACGUGAUGCUCUUGAUUUCCUUUUAUUAGCACUGCCAAUUCACUUCCAUUCCAUUUCGACGAAAAAUUCAAAUCCAUUUCAAUUUAUUAGUGGUGAUUCAUUGACUAUGAAAGAUUUUGCCGUGUUAUGUACAGCAUCUUUGGCUAUUUUAUUACGUCGUGAUGCAUCAUUGAAUCGUCGUUUAUUUACAUGGCUCAGAGGUGGACAGUUAGUAGAGGAAAUGAUUGUCAAUGGGGAAGAUAACCAUGUGAAAGGUGGUGUAAGUAAAGCAUCAAUGACAUGGGCAGAUGUAGUCAUGUGUAUAGAAAAUAAUGAACAUUUAAUGCCUACUCAUGAUGUCAAUGGAAAUAUUAUGGACGACAAUUUCACUUCUCAACAUUAUUUUAAAGUGUAUUCACAAAAAAUUCUAAUUGAAUCUGUUCGUCGUUUAAUUCAAAGCCCUGUUUGUUUACCGAUCCCUUGUCAACCAAAUGAAGACAAUUUAAGCUGUUUCUCUAAAUCUGUUUUCGGAUCAGAUUUUUCAGCCUUAGUUAUAGAGCGCAGUAUUUCAGAACGUCCGUUUCGUGUUUUAGUUGGUCUUACUGAUCAUGUAGAUAUUACUAAUGGAAUAUUAGAUAGUAUCUUACUGGAUAUUUUAUGGUAUACGUUUAGAAAUUACAUGAAAUUACGUUGGCAGACAACAUGUUGGUUGAAUUCAAAUCAAUUGUCUAGCCUACGACGUGAUCCUACCUUAACUGUAUCGGAUUUAGUGAAUCGUCCUAGUCUAAACGAGAAACUCUUGCCAAACAAUAUGGUCAGUCUAAUUAAAGAUCAUGUUUUAAUUCGAGAUAGUGCAAAGCCAUCAAGUUUACGCAUUGAUAACCAGGGUAGAAACAUCAUGUCAUCAAAUAAUCCAUCGAAUUCAGAAUAUGAACCAAAUGAUUUAGUAGUGGAUAGGGAGGAUACAAUUUCAUCGUCAGAGUCAACUGGUAAAAAGCACUUAACACAACCUACAAAUCAUACGGCUAGCAGUAAUGUGGUCGAUGAAUUUUUGCGUACAGCUCAUCUGUUUUUCAGUAAUAUGAAUAGUGAAUUUUUAUGGAGAUUUAUUGAAAGUCAAUUCACUGACUUACUACUGAUGAACACGUCGAUGAAACAGCAAGAAACUUCAUUGUCAUCAUCAUCAGGUGUACAUGAAAAUUGGCAACAACCAGUCUUAAAGUUGUCAUUAAGUCAAUGGUGUUCAAUAGUGCAUUUCCUACUGAAUUGCUUACCAAUUGAUAUGUAUCCCUGUGUAUGUGGUCGUUAUCUACCCGAUUUAAUCACACACUUAAGCAAUUGUUUAAUUGAAAAGCUUCAAGUCAAUUGUGGAAAUAAUCAAAAUCAUCAUCAUCAUCAUGAUAUUCGAUAUACAUCAGACAGUAAACUUUCACCAUCAGAAUGGGCUAGUAUAAUUGGUUGCCUAGAUACUAUUGUACAUCACAUACGAGAGUAUGCAGUGACAAUGCUUGAUCAAUUGUCAAUUCCAGUUAAUUUUAAACGUCAAACAGAAGAUAAUCAAAUUUCUGAAGAGUUAAUGAUUAUAGCAAAAGCUGUGGGUCGAUUUCGACGUUUUCUUGGCAUAUUUUGUGUGCAUGUUUUAAAUUUUUCACCACUUAAGAUGAAUAAAUUCGUGCGUAAAAUAUGUAUUGACCAACAACACCAAAAGGAUGUUUUCAUCAUGAAGGAGGAAUCCAAGGAAAACAGGGAAUGUACAAGUGUCAAUGAAAAAGAGAGUGAUGGAAAAUUCCGUGUAAAGUAUGAAGAGCAGUCAUUAUCUACGACAUUACCAGUUAGUUUUAUUGAUCUUUUUGCACAAAUUUGUCGUCUCAUCGUGGAAUUGUCCAACUUUCCUUUGCCUAUAAUUCACCACUCCAAAAUGUUGUCAACAGUAAGAAAGAGAAAAUCAAUAGUAUCCAGUGAUAAUUCUGAUCUUUCAAAUAUUAGCGUUUUAGACCUUUUCGGUGGUGAACUUGUUCAACAUUCUGAAUCAGGCUAUCUAGCCGAAAUGUUUCUUACUGAUGGUUAUCAUUCAGCGUUAUCAAGAGAUAACUGUUGUAACUACUACUAUAGUUUAGGUGAAUUUAUUUUACCACAAUGGCUUGUUUGUCUACUGUAUGCAUCAGCUGAAUUGGAUAAUUUCAAUAUCAAAUCAAUCGCUUUGUACACAUUAAUUGAAUUAUUCCAUGCAGCUGUCUCAAUUCAUGGUUGGAAUACAGAAUUUAAUCAUUCUAUGGUAAAGAAUAGUAACAACAAAAACAAUCUUGAUAAUCAGCCAGCUUGCAUGAACAAGAAUAAUAAUAAUAACAAUGAUAAUAAUAAUGAUGAUGGUAAUGUUAUUGACCAUGAUGAUAAUGCUAAUAACGAAGGUAAAUUAGACAGUCUGUUGGAAGAGAAUAAAAGGCAACAGCAGGAACAGCCAACGCAGAAUGGAAUGCGUUUAGUAUUUCCAGUAUUAAGUGGAGAACUGAUGGCUUAUCUUUGUCAGAAAACAAAUCUGUUCACAUACCUAGGUGUUUCAUUAUGGAAUUAUCUCUCUCCAGAACAGUCUGCAUUUCAUGAAGAUACUGUCAGCUUAUUAGUACGUCUACAUCAAUUAGCUCCACCUUUGCCUAAAUUUACUUGUAGUGUUAAUUUUUCAACACCUGGUCCAUCAAAAUUUUCAUCUACUGUCAGUUCAUGUAUUGAAGGAUUUAUUCUUUCACAAAUGCUUUCAUCAAAUGUUGACAUACAAAUAAAUGCACAUUCACGUUAUGCAUUAUUAUGGCAUUUAAUGCGAUAUUAUGGUUCACGAGUUCAAUCCAAUUCAGUAGGUCAACAAUAUAAUACUUUAAAUAAACGCAUUACAUAUCCACCUUCACAACAAGAUUCUUUUAAAAUGAUAAAUACAUUUCCUAGUUCAAUAGCAGCUGUAUCCUGGAGACGUAGUUUUCUUGUUUCAUCUGGUGUUAAGAAAAUUGGUCUUACUGAUGCUGCUUCAUCCUUUGGGCAAGGUUUAUAUGAUAUUCCUUUUUACAGAUGUACCCUAUUGUUACUGGAUAAUUUGGACUAUGACACUCCAUGGGGUCCAGUUGGUUCAAUUGGUUCCGUUGGCCUAGUUAACUCACAGACAUCUCAACUUAAUCCUAAUUUACAUACUCUGGGUAGUAGAUGUGAGCAAAAAGAAGACACUUGUGAAGAUUAUGGUCAAGUUGAUCAACCGAAUAGUUUUUGUAAUGCUAUUUUACGUGAACAAUCAGUUAUAUGGAUGGAGAAAGCUUUACAAACUGGUCAGGUGGAUCGUUUAAUAGCACCAAUCUUAGUUGCAUUAUUGCAUCCAACAACAGCUAGAAUCAGUCUUAAAGCACACGUGUUAAAGCAUUGCUAUCAACAAGUUAAAGCAGCGAAACAAAACAAAACGUCGAGUAAUGAUAUGAGCGAUGCAAUGACGAAAUCAACUUCUACAAAAGAUACUGAUUGUGAACUUCCUUCAUAUGAAGAGGCUAUCAAUAAUGCGAAGAUGAAACGAUCUAGUUCUAAAUCGGAUUUUUCACAUUCUAAUCAAUCUGUCCAAUCAGAAAAAUUCAACAAUCUAAUUAAUUCACUUCAUGCUAAAUUUCGUCCACGUUGUUCUACAGAUGAAGAAGCUAUUGAUGACAAAGACUUAAAAGAUUUACAUCAUUCAAAACAACAAGCUGCUGAAGCUGUUCUUAAUUCUGUAUUAUCAAUGCGUUUAAUGCAAACAGAAGUGGAUCAUUCACCGUUAGAUUAUAUAACCGACUGGCAUCAAGACUCUAGUUCACUUUCAAUGCUACCGGUUAAUGAACAUUUAUUAGUUUAUCUACAGAAUUACGAUUCCAAUCAAGUGAUUUAUGCGUUUUCUCGUCUACGAGCAAUUCUACGCAUAGCACCUGGUUUAUUUGUUCGUUCACUUGCAAUGUGUACAAUCAAUUCCUUGUCGUGUUUCAAUUUCUAUGGUUUGAAUUUUAUUGAAUUACUAUCUAGACAUCGUCGUUCAUUAGGCGGUUGGAAUUUCUAUUUACCUGCUAGUGUAGAUGAAUUGAAUUUUUCUUUACAAAUAUAUACAAACUUAUUGGAAUUAAUUAUAGAUUUAUGCUUACAAUAUAUGUGUAGUUAUCUGCCUUAUAUUACAACAACUACAACUAAUACGGACACUGCUAAUCCUGCUAACGUUACUUCUACACUCUCAAAUACAAAAUCAUCUGUAGAUGGUGUUGACAAAGCAACUGUUAACUUUGGUCAUCGUCACGGCUUUUCAAAACGUGAAUUUCGUGCUAAUCAAUUUGUACAAAAUACAGCUGCACAAAUUUUAGAAUUAAUUGUUAAAGAAUUGAUAUGUAUACAAGGUGAAUGUAUAAAUUCUUCUUUAUUAAAAGGGAAUACUUCUUCAGCGAAUUUAUCAAAUGCUAAACAGCAUUCCUCUUCAGGUGGUGUACGAAAUUCAGAAUCUUUAUCAUCUUCAUCAAUGUAUUCAUCAUCAACACAUCCUGCUUCAUUACUACAUCAAGCUAAUGAACGUCGUCUUGUACAGAAUACAUUGUAUCGUACUUGUUUACCAUCGGUGGUUCUGCAUUGUCUAGCCUCUUGUGUAACAAAAGUACAUUGGCCUAAAAAUAAUAAAUUAUGGUCUGAUUAUACAACCUGUAGUGGAAUAAGGAAGCUGCCUACCUGUUUACAAUUAGUUCUUGUGAAUGAUUUACUAUCCAACUUACCAAACACCUUUUAUACUACACAACUACAAAUUCUGUUGAAACUAUUCAAUAGAAUACUUCAUUUAAAACCAUGGUACGGUUAUACUGAUCGUAUGUCAGUGGUGAGACAGAAUCCAUCAUCAACAGCGACAACAGCAGCAACAACAACAACGACAGAGUUAUUCUACAACAGUUUAUUAUGGCCAGUCUUUCAAAAUAUUCUAUUGGAUAAUGAAUCAACCAAUUAUGAGUCACCAGUUAAUUUUAUACCAGAUAUAUGGUCUAAAGCUUGUAAUAAACUGCCUAGAUCGCUUAACUGUGAACCAUUGUUCCGUACGAAUUGUCUGACUGCACUUUGGUUUAUUCCGAAAUGUUCAAAUCUGGGCAGUGAAAAAGAUCAAGCUAGUUUAUUCACAGAACUACUGUCUAUUGGUUUGUCUUCACCACCUGAACACCUAACCGAUUAUGGAAGUACUCCAAGCUUUCUUACAGCACGUUUAGAUUUACAUCCGUUAUGGUAUCGUUUUAUAUUUAACAGUUUAUCAUAUUGGGGUUGGUUUGUUGGACCAUUGGUUCGUGUGACUAUGAAGCAAGUCUGUUUAAGUUUAAAUAAAUUCUCUGAUCGAGCUUUAAAUGAUAUACAACAGCGAAAUGCUACGAGAGAAUCACAAGUAUCCAGCAAUGCGGAAUGGGCUCUUAUACCACCUGAUUAUACUUUAAUUUCAUUGGCUUUAAUUCAAGGAAUUUGUCAUGCAUUUCUUCUCCCUGGAGGUAACGCUGUUUUAUCCGCAUUGUCUUUAUCUCGUAAAGCACAUUCACUUCAAACAACCAAUUCAUUACGUGGUAAUCCACUUGGUGUUAGUUACUUGUCUGGUCUACCUGAUUCAAUUGAAUGUGCUGUAGAAAUUGCUGAAAUACUCAAUCAUCAUAAAUUGAAUCCUGGUAAUUCUAGUGGAAAUUAUUCUACAACAGAAGUGACUAAUAAUAUUGUUCCAGUAUUCGAUCCUUUAUUCCCGUCUCCUUUAACAGAGAAUGUAGACAAUUGUUCAAAUAUAAUAAUACAUCCAACUGGUGUCAAUGCCUCCAUGAAUAAUGGUACUGCAACUAAUGAACCAGCUGUUAUUUUAAAUUCUGGAAAUAAUGAAGAUAAACUUGAAACAAAAGAAGCGCCUAUUCAUUCUCCGAAUACAACUGUAAUCUUUCUCAAUCGUGUAAAAAAUUCUCAAAACACCAAUAUCAAAGACGAUAUUCUAAAUCCAGAGUAUCAUCCUUUUAUUCAAGCUCAAUCAGAAUUACUACGUUUAAUGCCUGAUAUAUUCACUAGCCUAGCAACACUAUGGAAUGCAUUCAAUCAAUCACCGUUAAGUCAAUGCAUAAGAACAAAUUUCUAUCAGUCAUCUGCUCUAUUGAUAAAUCGUUAUCCAGAAAAGGAACACUGGCCACCAUCAAUGAUUUCUGUCCCAUCUGAACGAUUGCCUUCAUUGACUAGUCUGGGUUCAGCUGGUCUUGUACGUGGUGCCAUUCGUCGAUUACUGAAACCUAUCGCUGCACAACAUCCAGACUUAAUUCUUAUGACUACAGCUGUAGCUUGGCCGAAUACAAUUUUUGACAAUGAAAAUGGUGGUCUCCUUUCUGGGUGUGACAGUUUAUUAAACUAUGGUCCAUUGGAUAUGCUUAUACCUAUUCGAAUAAGAAAUGAAAGCGGAGCAUCGGACGUAUACUCAAUUCCUUUGCAUCAAAAACAAAUAAAUCUGUUAGAUUUAAUAAGUGGUCGAACAUACAAUGAUAGAAAUUAUGGUCCAAUACUACCAGCCACAGUAUUAGUCAAUAAUUUACGUGAUUCUAUCCGUCGACCAAUGAAUAAUACAUUCUUGUCAACUAUAAUUAAUGCUCUUUCCAAUGGUACUACUACAGCUUUUUCAUUCCAGGAUGUGUAUAUGACAUCGUUCAAUAGUGGGAGUAAAAAUGUAAAUUCUAAUCCCGGGUUAAACAUUAUUCGUGUACAGAUCAGUUUAUUACACUUAUUCUAUGCAUGGCUUAUUAUGAAACCAGAUUUUAUAUCCGCAGAUUUAUUGCUUAUCUUGGUAAGAGAUCUAAUCAAUAUGCCAGUGAUGACGAAUUUUACACCUCCCAGUAGUAAUAGUAGUAGUACUAAUACUACUACUGCAUCAUCGGCAACAGGUCUUCCACCGGUAGCAGUAUUUAUUCUCAUCAAAAUUUUUGGCAAGCUGUUGGAUACAGCUACUUCUAGUGAUGAUAAACGGGAACAGAGAGAAUUACAGGAACUUUGUCAUCGACUUCUUGAAACGACAGCGUCUAUUGCAGCAUCUGCUUUGCAUCAACCUUCAUGGUUCCGUAAAACACUGCAGGUUCGUCAACUUGAUACAGAUUUAAGCAGUACAACAGUGAAUUCCUCUGAUCUAUGCGAUAAUAUAUCUCUUCCUGGAUCUGAAAUUUAUGAAUAUUCUUUCAAAUCUGAUCGAAAUGGGACUUCAAAUAAUUUAACUAAUUCACACUUCUCUACAAUACAACAGUCGAACAGUUCAGGAUAUUCUACUAAAGAAGUCUUGUAUGAUAAUUUUAGUCCAACAUUGAAGUCAUCAGCAUCAUCUUCGUCAUUGUAUCAGUGCAAAUCGCGUCUUUCUUCAGUCAACAUGUUCACUAAUGAAAUAACACGUAUUCGAAUGCGUAAUGAUGUCACCAUACAAGCUAUAGAAUUAUUAACAGAGAAUAUGGCAAUAUUUUUAGACUUAGUCUACAAAAGUGAUGAAAAAGAUCGUAUAUCAACAUUUUUAAACAAUGUUUUAUGCAAUAUUUUCCCGUAUCUUCGAGUUCGAAUGUUGAGUAAUUCAGAUCAUUUUACUGUAGCAAGUAAAUUGAUUGCCUCUAUCAGUAGUUAUCAGUAUACACGUAAAUCAUGGCGUCGUGAUGUAUUAGACUUAUUCUACGAGCCAGUAUUCUUUCAGAUGACACCAGUUGCCUUACAAAGUUGGAAUUUAAUUAUCGAUAAUUUAAUGACACAGGAUAAAAGCACUUUUAAGGAGGCUUUAGCCCGUUUUGUAUUCAAUCAACCGGGUGGCUUGAAUCUGUUCACAAAUAAAGAAACGGAAUAUGAACUUCGUGCUGCUUGUCUAAAGAAAUUAUCGUACUUAGUGUAUGCUAGUGAACCAGAUCAGUAUGCUAAAGCUAUGCCGGAUUUAUUGGAACGUCUUACCGAAUGUCUACGCUUAGGUCAAGGUAUUAUUCCCGUAGUUCAUGCUCAAGUGUUUCUAUUCGCUCGUGUUUUAAUAUCUCGUAUGUCAGCGAUACAAUUAACCUCCUUAUGGCCAAUUGUUGUACCAGAACUGUUUCUUACAUUCAAAUCACUGUCUCAAGCGAUUCGAGAUUAUAUUUCUAAAAUUCAUUCAAAGAAAGUCAAAUCAGAUAUUUCUUCGUUAACAUUUUUGUCUGCAUCACAAAUGAGUUUAUAUCUUAGUGCAUGUAAAUUUCUAGCUACUAGUUUAUUGUGUCCAGAAAGUAAAGUACCACAAUUCUCUUAUUAUCAAUGGGCGUUUGUUAAGAACUUCACGCUUGAUGAUGUCAGUAAUCAGGAGAAUAUUGAAAAUGCUAUUGGACCAAACAAUCAUAAAACGCCAUCCUUUGUUCCUCUUCUUGCCGAUGUCCUCGCACAAAUUGAAAAUUUACAAGAAGUUGACAUGUCGAAUGGGAUUGAUAUGACAUCUGCAGAUAAUACCCGUACACUAUAUCAAGGUUGUUUCAGUCUACUAGCUUUAGAUAAACUUGUCAAUAUAUUUGCGCUUAAACCAUUUCUAGAAAGUUUGAAGAACAACUCAAAUCUUGAGUCGUCAUCAUCACCACCAUCAUCACAAAAGGUGCCAAUGUUCAGUGAAUGUCAACUAAAUGAUACUUUCCUUCUUGAAUUGGCGUUAGAAGCGUCUCUUGCUCAAGAAUUCCCAGAGACAAUUGCAUCACGAUAACGAUGAUAAUAAUAAUAGUUUAGAUCAACUUCUACCUCUUUUAUCCAGUAAAAUAACAACAGCGUAUACCACCACUGUAUAUCUUGUUGCGGUUGUGUUACUAUUGCUGUUGCUGUUGUCAACAUCAGUGUUAUACAGUGAAAUGCAUGUGUGUGUGUAAAUUGUAUUUUUCAAGUGUUGUCAUUGUCGCCGUCGUCGCUGUUGUCGUCGUUUUUAAUCGUUCUACUUACUUACAUACACAUACACACACAAACAGAUAUAACAGACAUCUACACAACCGUAUAUACACACACAAACAAACACGUACAGUAUUCGCAUACUUUGUGACUACUGUACACCUAAUUUGUCUUUCGAAAUAUCCUUUUACAUUAUAUACAUAUGAAUAUGAAAAAUUUUGUUAUUUCACUACAUAUACAUCUUUUUUCUUUUCUAAAUUGAUUGUUUGUUUAUUUUGCCCUUUUUUAUGACAUGGUGAUACACCCCUUUGUGUCAUUUUACCAUUUCUAUGGCUGUGGAGUUCUUGUAUUGUUCCCCUUUUCUGAUGACUUUUACUCUUCAUUGAAUUAUAUAUCUUACAGCUCUUUGAUACCCUCUAUGCACUGAUUCUAAUUACCAUUAUUAUUAUUGUCAUUUUAUGAGAUUACUAAUUUCUAUGUUCAAUUUGUUUUUGUUAUUACUAAUAACCAUAUUUGGCUAUUAUCUCACUUUGUUUACUUGUUUACAAUUUUAUCUCUUUAAAGAUUAUUUUAUGUCAAUUCAUUAAAGUGAAGAGAAUUUUACCUUAUUCGUGUCGUCCUAUAAUAAUAAUAAUAAAUAAGUCUUUUCAUAUUUCCACUCAUUCAUCUGUAUUGUAGUCAAUUUAUUUUUCCUUCAUUCACGUGUACGAUGAUUAUUUUAUUUUUAACCAGGUCGAUUUGCAAGUGGGUUACAUACACAUAUCUAUACGUUUAAACUACGAUUGUCUUCGAUAAGUACAACAAAGAUUAUGAAUAUAUUAACUUCCCAUGGAAAAUUUGCUGAUUUGCUCUGUUGGUCUAUGUGUUUCUGUGUGUGUGUGUGUGUGUGUCUGUAAAUCUUCUGUAUUUUAUUCCAUUUUUUCACCUUAACGUCCCACUUCUCCAUUAUAUUAUGACGAUUGUAAGUCUUUCUUUUGUAAAAUUAUACUUACACAAAAGUUCUGUUUCAAUUUAUACAUAAUAUCAUACAAGUCUAAAAUUCAAAAAAUCUAAAACAGCCAUUUAAC